AUGUCCAACUCGAUCACGGGCACCACCUUUGCGCAGAUCAUCGAUCGCGUCGUGCAGGCAUCGCAGAAUGACUUCGAGGAGAGCGGUGUCGACCAGCAGACGCUGCAGGAGAUGAAAGAGAUAUGGCAGAAGAAACUCUCGGCUCUCCAUGUGGCCCAGAUGCCGUGGGACCCGCCGCCGCCGCAGCCGCAGAUCAGCAACCCGCCGACUGUCCCGUCGAAUGAUGCUGCAAAGCCGACGAUGCAGCAGCAGAUGCCGCCUGCCGCCUCGCAACCGCCCAAUCAGCAAUACGGAUCCCAGGUUCGCGUCAAGCAGGAGCCGGGCAACGGCUAUGAGAACAGCAUGCCCGGCUACAACAUGAAUGGCUACAGCCUUCCCAACGGCAAUGUCGCCCAACAGCGUGCUGCCGCCCUGCUACAACAGAACUUUGGCGCUCAAGCUCAGGCUUCAAUUGCCUCGGCGUAUCCCCCGCAGAACAAUGUUGGCCUCCCUGGCCACCACCAGCAGCAGCCGCCGCCGCCGCAGCAGCAGCAGCAGCAGCAGCGUCCCAUGAAUCUUCAGAUGCCUCCGAACCGCCAGCAACAAGCUCAACAGCACCCACCGCCGCAACAGCAGGGCCAUCCCCCCAACCAACCCCAGCAACAGCAGCCGAACUCUGUGUAUGCUGCUCAAACCGACGGGGCUGGAGAUGCCGAGGACCAAUGGAGAUCGCUGGUGAAUGCGAGACGUGCAGAGGCUGACGAGGCCAGGCUCCAUGCGGAUGGCAUCCUCCGUGCUCAAUUCGAGCAGAAGAUGGAUGUCCUGGAGAGCGGCUUGCUGCAGCCGAUUGAAGAGCUUCCGGCUCUCAAUGGAAAGAAGCGUCGAGCGCUCGCUACUUCAGGGCCGUCUGGCACCUCCAGCAUCCCCCAACUAGAUGGAGAGCUCGGUGUCGAGGACGAGAAAGAGGAGAAUGACGAUGAGGCAAUCAACUCGGAUCUCGAUGAUUCCGACGAGGAACAGAUUCAAGAGGGUGACGAUGACGGUCCUCAGGGCGAUACCAUGAUCUGCACGUACGACAAGGUCCAACGCGUCAAGAACAAGUGGAAGUGCACUCUCAAGGACGGUGUGCUUUCCACAGGCGGCAAGGACUACCUCUUCCAUAAAGCCCAAGGCGAAUUCGAGUGGUGA